UCCAGUUGGUAGCACUAGUAAUGGGAAAAUGUCAGAAGAAUUCAGCACCCGGUACACAGACGAGGACCCCGAGUUCAUCAAUUACCGCAAAUCCACCCAACGCGGACCGCCUUUGGAAGAGAAAUGGUUUGGUAGGCAGCCAAAACAAUUUGAUCGAAACGAUCGCGGAAGAUCUGAUCGAAAUGAUUAGGGCAGACGGGAUGACAGGAGAGGAGGAGGACGAGACGAAAGGGACAGGGGCGAAUCUUAUCGGGGUCCAGACAGACAUAGAGACCAGCAUCAGUGGCGGCACCAUCCAUAUGGAUAUCAUUCUGACCGACCUAGAUAUAGAUAACGUCAUUAUUAAAAACAGUUUAAUUUGAGCCCAACUCUAGAAA